AUGUCGAAUAGUUUUAUCUUUACCCAGCGUCUCCCGCUACCACAGUCUUCAAUAUUCAACAGUGGACUUACAGCGCCAUCGAUAAACUCAAAGGAUUACAAUUUAUGGGAACCUGAUAACUUCUCAAAACAUGCAGACGGUUCUUCCCGCGGCGACGAGUUUGAAGAGGCUUUUGAUAAUAUAGCGCUUGAGCAGCAGAGAGAGAUUAUGGAGAAGACACAGCAGCAACAGCAGGUCCAAAUGCAACUUGAGCGGCAGCAGCUUGAUCAUAAGCGGCAGCAAAUCAAGCAGAAGCAGCAGCAGCGGGAACUGCAGCAACGCGAUCAAGUACAACAGCAACAAAAGGAACAACAACACCAGCAGCAAGAAGAAAAAUCUGAUAACGAUCAGCUUGAACACCUCAAGAAAGCACGCGAAAUACCACUCCACCUCAGAGUCAACGAAGAACAGGAGCAGGAGAAUACAAGUUCGCAGAAGCAGACAGAAACACAAAAAAAGGCAAAGCCACAACCACAAACACACCCUCAAACACCACACAUAGGCACAUCUAGAAUCCCACCACAUAAACCCAAUGAGCAAAAGAGACAACCAAUAGCAUGCUUCAACUGUCGUCAAAGGAGGCUGAAGUGUGAUGGUGAGAAUCCAUGCUCACCUUGUGUGAGGAGGGGUGUAGCAGAAUCGUGUGCAUUUGCGCAGCAGGUCAGAAGACGCGGACCUGGGCGUAAGAAACUUGCACAAUUAGCCAGUCUUGGAGAUGUUAAUGCUGCCAACGCAUUAGGCAUCAAGCCAGGCGAGUGGGUGAGAGAUCCAGAGUUGUUUCCACCAUCACCUAAGCGCAAGAGGAACGACUGA